CGCGCUCCCGCGCCCGCGGGCACGCGCCCCGGGCCGCGCAGGCUGGCCAUCGAAGGGAACAUCGCUGUGGGGAAAUCCACCUUCGUGAAGCUGCUCACCAAAACCUUCCCGGACUGGCACGUGGCGGCGGAGCCCGUGGAAACCUGGCAGAAAGUCCAAGCUGGGGGCGUCCAAAAGCAGGGGCCGGUGGUGAACCUGCUGGAUCUGAUGUACCAGGAGCCGACCCGCUGGUCCUACACUUUCCAAACCUUCUCCUGCCUGAGCCGCUUCAAAGCCCAGCUGGCCCCCUUCCCGGAGGGGCUGGCCCGCACCCCCGGGGCCGCGCAGAUCUUCGAGAGGUCCGUCUACAGCGACAGGUACGUGUUCGCCAAGACGCUGUUCGAGAGCGGGUCCCUGAACGCGCUGGAGUGGGCUGUCUACCAAGACUGGCACAACUUCUUGCUCCAUUUGGCCCCCCGGGCCCGCCUGGACGCCUUCCUCUACCUCCGCGCCGCCCCCCAGGUGUGCUGGGAGCGGAUUCAGCGGCGGGCUCGGCCGGAGGAGAAAGGCGUCGGCCUGGAUUAUCUGGAGAGACUUCACGCUCAACACGAGGGCUGGUUCGUACACGGGACCACAGAGCUCCACUUUGCGGAUCUGAAGGAGGCCCCGGUGCUCCUGCUUGACGUGGACAGAGAUUUUGCCGAUGACCCGGCGCAACAGGAGGCGCUUCUGAAAAAGGUGAAGACCUUUGUGCAGAAUCUGUGAAACCAGGGUUUUCGGAACGAAAUCCGUCGGUCGGUCGGUGGGGCGGUCGUUGUCGUCGUCCUCCUCCUCCUCCUCCUCCUCCUCUUCCUCCUGCUGCUUGACCGUCUGUCUGUCUGUCUGUCGUCGGCCAGGCCCGGGGCGUGAAGGCGAAGCGUGUCGUUGUCGAUCCUGAGCGGUGAGGAGAGGCCGCGGGGAGCUUCUCCUCUCCCGCCCCUCGUCUGCCGCUUCUCUUCGGCUGGUUUGGGCGCAGAGGGAUGUUUUUGUUGUUGGGCGUUAUUUUUUUUUUUAGAAACCAGAGAGAGCUGGGUCCCUCAAGUGACUGUUCAGUCAGAGCCAAACACACCGUGUUAGAGACACAUACAAACACACACUCGCCCCCCAAGGUACAUACACACUCACAGACACAACACACACAUCAAUCAAUCAAUCA